AUGGAGGAAACCAGACAACCAUGUGGAGAGCAAAACAUGGCUUCGAUCGAUAGGCUCGGCAGGUUGCAGGACGAAGUCAUAUGCCACAUUCUCUCUUUCCUCCCGACAAAGCUCUCAGUGGCGACCAGCGUUCUCGGAAAAAGAUGGAGGUUUCUAUGGGCCUACGUACCCUCUCUGCAUUUCAAUGGAGUCCAUUUCAGGGAAGAAGGAGCACAAGCCUCGGACAUCAUUAACAGGGUUUUAUUUCAGCGCAAGGCGAGAAGAGUGGAUACUUUAACACUCAAUCGCGUCGACUGCAACGAGUUUCAACUGGAGACAUUCAUUACAACUGCCAUCGAUCGUAGUAUCCGGAAUCUUUAUCUUGAACUUGACUUGGAUACAUUCCCUCGAUACCUCUUCAACUGCAAAACCAUUGUCGACUUGAAGCUUGAUAACACUAGAGCGUUACUCUCUGCUGUGAAAAAUGUGUCUCUGCCUAGCCUCAAGAAGUUAAAUGUUUUUAAUCUUGUAUGUGAGAAUGAUGAUGCACUUCCUCGUUUUCUUUCCGGUUGUCCGUCGAUCGAGGAGUUCAAUAUGACAUUCAGGUUUGAGGAAGAAGAUGAUUAUGUGGGCUGCAUAAAUAUAUCAUCACCCACGAUAAAGGUGCUUCAGAUUUAUUUUGACCAUUCAUGUAAGUUUGAAUAUAGGAUGAUAAUAAAUGCCCCGGCCCUUAGGUAUCACGAAGUGCUUGGCUAUGACUUGGAGUGUAUAACAGUUCCUAUCACCAUGAUCUCCUUAGUUGGGGCGGAUAUCAUUUUAAGAGGUUAUUCGUUCUCAAAUCACAAAGCAAGUUACAGUUCCAUGGUGGUGAAGUUUCUUCAUUCUCUGUGUUAUGUAAAGUGCCUAACGAUAUCAGAUUGGGAAUUUGAGGAGGUAUGUUUUGAUUCUUCAGUCUCUUAG